AUGCCGAGUCUCAUCCUUCACCCGGUGCGAUUACCGAUAGUAGUUUGGUGCGCGGCCGCAAGCGAAUCCAGGCUUUACAAAAGCAAUAAUAAGAGUACUACCCCCUGCCCAUAUAAUUCGAACCCUCAACUCUUCUGUGGUAUACUGUAUGUUGCUGAGAACACAGAUCCAAGAAUCUGUGCAAAUGCGCUCCACGCAUCGCACACACGACUGAACCUGUCCACUAUUGCGAACGCGGUGUACGUUAAGUCCUGCCAUAGCCUCCUGAAAAUCCGCUUGGUUCUUAAAGAAAAUGAGGGCAAUGUCGUUGCUAGUCUGAAAGGCGACGAGCUUCUCCUAACAGCUUCCCCUGUUAAUACCUUCAGGGUGCGCGCCGUUUUCAUCCAUUUCGCACAGAUCAUCAACAUCACGGAACAGGACGUCAGCCAUUUCGCACAGAUCAUUAACAUCACGAACCUGAACACUAAAACAAUCACCCUAAAUCCGUCAAAACGUUGUUGGAUAGCAGUCGACGGGAAUCCUGUAAUUUUUCCGGUGCCCGUUCAACUCCUUAGCAUUGAACCAAGCACUGAGAUACCACAUACUGAAGUAUAUAAGAUCUUGAUAUUCUUGCUCUGUGACUUAAUUAUCAACAACCAUCAAACCAUCUUCUCCAAUUUCCCAGCAUCAUUUGCAUCUUUCAGCCCAAGAAAACACUCUUCAUCUUCAUCUUCAUCUUCAGCGUAUCUCUUCAAACUUUGCAACAAGCAAAGCAAAUUAGCUCAACAUGUUCAGUCACUCUCAAAUCGUUCACUUCGCUGCUUUCCUCGCCCUACUAUCCCCUGCAUUGGCUACCAGAUCCGAGAUGCUGGAGGCUUCGUGGCCAGGGAUCCUGCCGGGACCGGGACUGUCAUUGAUCAUGUCAAGGCCAAGCUAGGUGACGAGGAUCCAUGGGUUUCAACCACGAGCGAUGAAGAUGUUGCUAAAGGUAAGGAUCGCAGUACAAAUCCCAUUUUUGAGACAUUCGCUAACCAUACCUCUUUCUUUUGCAGGAGGCGCCAAAUCCCUCGGGGAAGUCUAGCGUUCAAGGAAGCGGGCGAAGAUCCAGCGUUCCCAACCGUACGUAAUACGUUACGACUCGCCAAAUCGAUGGUCGUAACUUCUCAGAUUUCCACUUACGGAGCGUAA